UCUAGCAGCGGCCGAGCUGCAGAGCUCCUUGCCAAAGAACGUGGAACAGUGCCUGGGUUUAUUGGCUUUGGAACAUCUCAGAGUGAUCUAGGAUAUGUUCCUGCAAUUCAAGGAGCAGAGGAAAUAGACAGCCUUGUGGAUGCCGAUUUCCGAAUGGUGUUGCGAAAACUUUCUAAAAGGGACAUCACAACAAAAUUAAAAGCUAUGCAAGAGUUUGGGACAAUGUGCAAGGAAAGAGAAGCAGAAGUUGUUAAAGGUGUUCUUCCUUACUGGCCAAGAAUUUAUUGUAAAAUUUCACUAGAUCAUGAUCGCCGUGUUCGAGAAGCAACUCAGCAAUCUUUUGAGCAACUGAUUCUUAAAGUAAAAAAACACUUAGCUCCUUACUUAAAAAGUAUCAUGGGAUACUGGCUGAUUGCUCAGUGUGACACUUACUCUCCUGCUGCUUCUGCUGCAAAAGUAGCUUUUGAAAAAGCUUUUCCUUCAAGCAAACAGCCUGAAGCCUUAGUGUUUUGUAAAGAUGAAAUUCUUAAUGUACUUCAAGAUCACCUUCUGAAAGAGACAGCUGAUACACUCAGUGACCCCCAAACUGUUCCAGAAGAAGAAAGGGAAGCCAAAUUUUUUCGGAUUCUGACCUGUUCCUUGUUAGCUUUAAAAAAGUUGCUUAACAUGUUGCCCAAAAAAGAGAUGCAUUCAUUGGCGGAAAAGUUAAUGUCGCUUCUGUCCCAAAACAAAUUUUGGAAAUACAGCAAACACAACAUACCACAGGUUCGCUCAGCUUUCUUUGAGCUGAUUUCUGCUUUUUGCCAGCACUUGCCUGAGCUGGUGAGAGCUGAAGCACCAAGAGUUUGUCCUGCUGUUCUUCUGAGCAUUGAUGACAGCGAUGCAGUGGUGUGUCCUGCUCUUUGGGAAGCUGUACUUUAUGCUAUCACCACUAUUGAGGACUGUUGGAGUCACGUAAAUGCCAAAAAGGGAGUUCUGCCAAAGCUGUGGACAGUGCUUCGAGAAGGUGGACGAGGGCUGGCUACUGUUAUAUACCCCAACCUCUUACCCUUCAUUAGCAAGGUACCUCCUGCUGUUAUGAAACCGAAGCUGGAAUAUUUCAGAACUUUUUUCGGCUCUUUAAUUCAAGGGUUGUCAAGUGAGCGGGCAGUAGCCAGCCCUUCAGAAAGUUCAGCAAUUAUAACUGCAUUUAUGGAGUGUCUGUGCUUUGCUGUACUACAGAAAGUAGAAGAGGAUGACCAAACCCAAAUUCAUCAAAUGCUUAUAUCUGACCAGCUAAUUCCUUUCACCAGUGCUGUUCUUAAAGAGCCCAUGUUACAAAGUGGACCAUUAUUUUAUCAAAUAGCAGAAAUGCUGAGCUCCUGGGAAGCUAAAGCAGAACUCUCCAGUGAUGAUGGCACAGAUGAAGUUUUCCAGAAACUGUUGUCAAAUUUUUGGGACCAUCUUUUAAAAAUGUGUGUACUUCAUGUUGAUAGGUUGGAUGCUGAUGAGAAAUCAUUGUUUGCCAUAUCUGGUAUGCUAGAAAUUCUUCAGAAUCCAAAGAGUGCUACCAAACCAAACAACAAAAAAUUUCUGAAAAUCAGAUUUACAGACGAGGAUGAAUCUGAAAGAAACCCAGAGAAUGGAAAGCUCACAGAAGUGAGAAAAGGUGACUCUGAAAUACAGGCUGACUUGCAGCAUAGUUCACAUCUAAGGAAAGAACCUUUAGAGAACUUAGUCUGCAACCUUGCUGAGCUGAGCAUUGUGUAUGUCAAUGAACAGAAGUCAGAACAGCAUUUGAAAUUUCUCUCUGCCCUGCUCAACUCUUUUUCCUCAAACAGAGUUUUCCAAGUACUUUUAGAGCAGGGAAAUGAUGCAAGCCAUGCUCAAGCCGAAUCCCAAAACAAAAUGAAAGCUCAUAACAGAAGUCCAUCUGUACAAUUUCUGUAUAUGAAUUUAAUAACUUGGCUGAAAGAAGACUGGAGAAAAGACACCCAUUUCCUAGUUGAUAUUUUAUACAGUGUGCUUCGGUGUUGCAACAGUAAUGAAGAAAGGAAAAUCAUUCUUGAUGAUUUAGCAAAGAUGGAUCUGAAAUGGAUUGUUUUCCUCCAGAUAAUUCAAAAGGCAUGCUCAAGCACAACAAAACUUUCCUUAGUCUCUGACUGGCUGAAGGGAGAUACACUUGGAGAAAGACUGGUGAUGCUGGCAGAUGAUCUGUGCCACCUGUGUUUAAAACCUAACACAGCCUCAUCAGACUCAGCCUCUUCAGAAAGGUGGACCCUCCUGAGCUUGGUGCUGUCACAGCAUGUUAAAAGUGAAUCAUUGAUUGAUGAAACUUUUAUUGAAAGGAUUAUUGAUAAACUUCAAGCAGCUCUAUCUAAAGCAAAGGAUCUUUCUGAAGCUGGAAAUACUGAGCCAUCAGUAUCUUUCAUCUGUGAUGUAGCCUCAAGCUUUUUCAGCUCUGUUAAAGGGUGUUUACUGAUGCCAUCCUCAGAAGACUUGCUGCUUACCAUCUUCCAGCUGUGUGCUCAGAGGCAGGAUGCAACACACUUAACAGAUUUACUUGUAUGCAAAUUAAAACACACGUGGAUGUCUGGUGUAAAUUCACUUGUGCAUCAGCUUCAGAGCACACACAAACAGAGUACCUUUUUGAUUAAAGCUGCACUGUGGGUCAAGAAUCAAAUUCAGUCUUCCUCUUUGGACGUUAAAAGUCUUCAGAUGUUGAUCUCUGCAGUUAGUGAUUUGUUGUCAAAGCUCAUGGAAGCUGAUGGACAAUCUGGAUACCUUGUGAGAGCUUUUGUUGAGCACGUCACACCGAACAAAACCGAGUGGGGGAAGUUGCAUGAGUCUCUAUCUACUGAGUGGAUACACAAACCUCUUUUGGAAGGAAGGCUUAGUAUGAAUUGUGAACCUCUGGGAUCAAGUGUCAAGCUGUGUGACACAACUAAACUUCCAGGCCAUUUGUGUACUUCAGCCUUAUUGAGUAAAAUGGUUCUUCUUGUGUUGGAAAAUGCUGCAGUCCAUGGAAAUGAUGAUGCUGAAAGAAAGAAAAUUGACAAUAUAAUUGCAGAACUGUUGUACUCCUUACAAUGGAUUGAAGAACUAGAGAAUCCUCCUUCCUUGCUUCUGGAAUAUCUUCAUAUGUUAGAAGAGAUGCACAUCACAUACAAGAAGUUCAGUACACUAAGUAAUACAGCUGGUCUUCAGCAAACUAUAUUUGAUAGAUCAGAGGAACAUGGAAGACUGUGGUCCUUAACCGUGGCUAAAGUGAUCCGUGCAGAAAACACUGUAUCCUGGGAGAGGAGAGAACUUUUUAAGACAACAGAAGGGUUUCUGCCAUUAACAGAGGGCAGAUUGCAUACACUUCAGUGUUUAUCACCUUUCUUAACUGAGGAAGAAAAGAGAGAACUUGUCUUCCACUGUGUGGCUAAACUUAUGACAUGCACACAGACAGAUCUUUCCAGCACUGAUGGAGCAUUUGGGUGUCUUUCCAUUUUGAACUCCUGCCUGAAUGAUAGAAGUGUUGAUUGUGAUCAUCUACUACCUGGAAUACUGAAAAUAAUAAUAUCUUGGAAAAAUGAUAAUGAGGACAGCUUUCUCUUUAGCUGCAAUCUGAAAGAAACAAGUGCUCAGUUGCUUGGUUUGAACAUUGAGAUGAUCCGUUACUUUCCCUUGUUGCUGAAGUAUUCCACAGCUCCUUUGGCCGAUAGUGAGUGGGACUUCAUCAUGUGCUCCAUGCUGGCUUGGUUAGAGACAACAAGUGAAAACCGUUCCCUUUAUCAUGUCCCGCUUGUGCAGAUUUUUGCUUGUGUUAGUUGUGACUUGGCAUCUGCCCUUAGUGCUUACUUUGAAGCUGCAGCUCCUGAAACUACUGAAAAUCUCCCUAAGAACUUGCUCAGUGAAUGGAAAGAAUUCUUUUCUGAGGGAAUUCACAAUUUGCUGUUACCUUUGUUGGUGAAAAUCACAGGAGAAACCAAAAAUGCAUCAGAAGGUUCUUUUCAGAACUCUGUGUUAAUAUCUUUGGGUGAAGCUCUAACUUACAUAUCGAAGGACCAGUUGUUAAACCAUAAACUGCCACCGAAGUUUGUUGCAGGCCAGAAAACAAAUCUUCCAGAUAAUCUCCAGACUCUGCUGAAUACAUUGUCUCCACUGUUGCUUUUUCGGGCUCGACCUGUACAGAUUUCUGUCUACCACAUGCUGUAUAAAUUAAUGCCUGAAUUGCCUAAAUUUGAUGACGAAAAUCUCAAAUCCUAUGGUGAUGAAGAGGAGGAACUGGCAUUAUCACCUCCAGCAGCUCUUAUGUCUAUCCUGGCCACUCAAGAACUCUUGCUAGAAAACAUCCUGGAAUGCAUUCCAGUUGGAGAAUUUGCAGUUAUUCAGCCCCUGAGUGAUGAGUUCUGCCUUGUUCUGGGAUAUCUUCUCACCUGGAAGUUAACAUUAGCUUUCUUCAAAGCAGCUUCUUCUCAGCUGCGAGUUCUCUACUCACAAUACCUUAGAAGAACUAAAAGCUUGAACAAACUGCUUUAUCACUUGUUCAGGCUUAUGCCUGAAAACCCUGUCUUUUCUGGGCCAACUUCAGAAGUUUCAAAUAAGGACACAAAAACCUUCUUUACUGAAGAGCUUCAUUUAGAUGUUAAAGGAGUGCUGUCAUCCCAGAUUCCGCACUUGGCCUGCUCUGUGUACCACAUAACGCUGAAAGACUUGCCAGCCAUGGUCAGGCUUUGGUGGAAUAGCUGUGAAAAACGUGUCUUCAAUGUUGUAGAUAAAUUUACAAGCAAAUACGUCAGCAGCGUCCUUUCUUCCCAGGAAAUAUCUUCUGUUCAGACCAGCACACAGUUGUUCAAUGGCAUGACGGUAAAAGCUCGGUCUGCAGCACGAGAAGUCAUUGCUACCUACUCAGUUGAUGAUAUCUUUAUUGAACUAAUAAUACAGCUUCCACCAAAUUACCCACUGGGAUCCAUAACAGUUGAGAGUGGAAAGAGGGUUGGUGUGGCUGUUCAGCAGUGGCGUAAUUGGAUGCUACAGUUAAGCACAUACCUUACACAUCAGAAUGGAAGUAUUAUGGAAGGCUUAUCUUUGUGGAAAAAUAACGUUGAUAAACGUUUUGAAGGCGUUGAAGAUUGCAUGAUCUGCUUUUCAGUCAUUCAUGGUUCCAACUAUUCUCUUCCCAAAAAAGCUUGCAGAACAUGCAAGAAAAAGUUUCAUUCAGCUUGCUUGUACAAAUGGUUCACAUCCAGCAACAAAUCCACGUGUCCACUCUGUCGAGAGACAUUCUUCUGAAAUAAAACUGUCUUUCUUCUUUCUGUGAGCUAAAUAACAUGAAGAGCAGGCGAUAAACUGUAUGUUGAAAGAAGCUAACUCCUUGGAAAUAAUGUCAGUUACUUUAAAUUCUUCACCAGUGGAAUAUGACACAUAUUUACCUCUGGACUGUUGUUUUUGUAAGUUUGAAGAUUCUUCUUUGAUAUAAAGAAACAGAUAACAAUAAUUUAUUUUAAUUGGUAUAUUUUUAAGAUAUGUUAAAAAUUUCAGAAAUAAUGCAGAGUUAUGUCUGAAAAAGUGGUGUUUAAGCCACAGCAUAGUUGAUUAAAACCUCUUAUUUUAGGCAUAUUCUAACAUGGUGUUAUGUAAUUAACCCAGAUCAUACCUCUUAAUAUAACAGGUGAAUAUAAAAGAGGUGGUAUAAAGACUUGAUUUUUGAUUAUGAUGCAUUCAUAAUAGUCCCUCUUAUGGAGGAAAAAAAAAUGUUGUUGCUGUUAGACAUUAAGGCAUGAAACUACAGUGAUAAUCUUCUGUUAAAGCAUAAAAUUUAAACAUAGCCUGUUCUAAAUUAACAUGUUUAUAAACUGAAGUUUCCCUUUAACAGUUUCUUUUUCCCAAAACUCCUCAGCCAUCCAGCAGCCUAAAAACAUGAAAACUCAGAAGCCCAACUAAGUAGAGAGAGCACAAUCAUUCCUGCAUGACAAUGAAUAACACCAUCUAUUUAUUGCUGAUUGGCUUCUAAAGAGAAGGCAUAGACACUUAUCAAUCUUUGUUUCUCUUCAUUAGCUGGCAAAUUAGCUAUCGCUGAAUGUCCACUGUACUUCCACUGUCCUAUAAUAAUAAGGACUGUAAGUGAAUAUACAGAUGUAUCUGAAUUUAAUAGCUUUCAACUAUACAUUUUUUCAUGCCUUCUUUUUUUUAACAGCGGUAGCAUACUAAUAUAUUCCAACCUGGAUGAUAUUUGUGGUGGAUUUCUUUGAAAAGUCAAUAAAAGGGGGGAAUAAAUAAAUUUUGUCAAUCUCUGUA